GAGCGAGGACGUGGAGUUAGUGUCGUAUGAUUUCGCGAUCGCGAGUGUGUCACGUUACGAUGUCGAGUGGUGAAUUUAAAUUCGAUGUGUGAGAAGUGAGUGAAAAACUUCAGUGAUUUUUAGUUUUGAUCUCGUGUCAGCGACGCCAGAGUUCAGAACAACGAGGCCAGGCUCUUCAUUAAAAUGUUGACAAUGCGGCGCCUCCUCGUGACGCUGAUAGCCAUCGCCGCCGACAUCUACGCUCAAGACUCGCCCAGGGAACAUCAGGGACCACAGAUUUGCGGGGGCCGGCUCCGAGGACCCACGGGCGUGAUACAGACACCCAAUUUCCCCAACCCGUUUCCCGUGCCGAUAAAAUGUCGUUGGAUUAUCGAGCACGACAUCGCGAACGGAACUAUUUCGAUAUAUUUCACUCAACAAUACACGACUAGUGGAUUAACCUUCACUGAAUACAUGUAUUAUGAUGAAUCGUAUAAGCUGGGCGAGAGGCGGGCUCUAACCGUGACCGAGGAUAGCAUCACAAGAGUUAAAUGGCUGCAGGUACAAAGUCCGGUGCUGGUCGUCGAGCUAUCACUGGAUCGACUCGAAGGCACUCAGCUGCGGGCGUUGGGUCUUCUCUCGGUAUUUGGAUUCAACGUGACGUACUCUGUGAGGGGACCGACUGAUUCCGCAGGACCUGCUUCGUGCAGUGCUAUAGAAUGCCGACUACUAGGUCAUUGUUACGCCAGCCAAGAUUACCAGAAAUUUUACUGCUCUUGCUUCGAGGGUUACUCGGGCGUGGACUGCGGCGUGGGCCCCCUGUGUCCGCGGACCUCGAAUAUGUGCAAAAACGGCGGCACCUGCAGACAAAUGGGCCCCGCCGCCGUGAGCUGCAUAUGCGCCCCUGGAUAUACAGGAGAUUUCUGUGAAUCAAAAAUAGAAUCACCAGAAUGCGAUAUAGAAGAGUGCUCCGAAGGUUGUAAGGGUGGGGCCUGCGAUUGUAAUCCAAGAGAUACGGACGCCGUAUCGGCACGCUUCGAAACGAGACUGCUAGUAAUGGACCAACCAAAUAUUAACAUAUCACAGGAAAUCGUGGAACAGAUUACUAAUUAUCUUAAAUCUUCGAACAUUACAUUAGAAGAUAAUAUUGAAAUUUUGAAUAUAAGCUCAGUGGAUACGAACCACGCUAGGACAGUGUGGCUUCGGAUGUGGGCCGCCAGACGUGACGCAGGAACCUUGAGGACGGUGCUAGCCAGACUGGCAGCAAUGAGGACUCGUACCGACAGACUCCGCUUGCUUCCCGCUACCCUGCACUUCGAUAUGCAACCAGCGCUCAACCUACACGCAUUAAUCGUAAAUCAACGUCCGGAAGUCUGGGAGGGUUCAGAGUUCAUACUGAGCUGCAUGGCUUACGGAUCUCCACAUAUCGCCUUCACUUGGUACAAAGAUGGAGUGAAAAUCAAUUUUAAUGGAACAACAAGAGAAAUCUGGACUAGGACAGUCUCAGAAGACGCCCUCGGUCGUCGUAUGUCGGUACUCGGAGUAGCUGAAGCCAAAAGACUGGACGGCGGCAAGUGGUCCUGCACCGCUGAUGACGCCGGCAGAAGACGUUGCAGAGCCCUAAUGCUGGCAGUUCUAAGACCACCGAAUAUACGACUUGUACCUUCCACCUUAACAGUAAACAAGGGAGAAAACGUGAGCAUCACAUGUUUGGCAGGAGCAAGUAGAAUGCACGGUGCUUUGGGGUUCAGUUGGGCUCGAGAACGCGGUCUCUUACCUCUGAAUCCAGGUCGAGAAGUGUGGGAAGACUUGUACCCUGCUGGAAGUGUGUUGAAAUUGUAUAACGUUCAGAAAUCUGGUGAAUUCCGUUGCCAAGUAUCUUCAAUAGCCGGUACUAACUCUAAGGGAGUGACAAUGUGGGCUCUUGGAACUAAAGACGAGGCUUGUGAAAGUGACGCUUCGCAUGGUCUCCGAUGGCCGAAAACUGCCCCUGGUGCUCAUGCCUCAGCAUCUUGCCCUCCUGGACACACUGGAGAAACUACUAGAUUCUGCGAACCGAAAACGACCCAGCACGGUGUUAAAUGGAAGCUACCAGAUUUCUCCGGAUGCGUCGCGGAUUCAUUAAACGACAUUUACGAGCAGUUCACUCACAUCUACUUUGGGUAUUCCUGGAAUAACGUAUCGAACGUAGCCCGUCAGUAUGGAGCGGUCCUUCGCUCCCUACCAUCACAUCCAGGCGAAGGGACGCUUCCCCUCCACCAGACAAAAGAAAUGCUGCACUAUUUGUUAUCUUCCGCUGGACGACCGGCAGACAGAAUGCAAAGUGCUGAGCAUCUUCUCAAGAUAUACGACACUUUGCUCAAGCAUCCUGAUGCCUUUUUGGAUGAAGAGAAAGUCUACGAUCUUCAAAACUCGAUAGCAGAGACAGCCGGAAUGCGAACCAACCUCGACACACAUUUCCACGAGUUUACAGUCAAAACGAAACCAGCGAGAGAAGACAGUGCUGCGCACUUUGAUCUUCAAUCAGGUCCUAUUGGAUCUGAGGAGUGGAUGCUCACGUCAGCCGGCACUGAAUUACUCGCUAGAACGGGAAACGCUACCGUUGUUGCUGUAUUGUAUCACAAUUUGGGAACAAGAUUACCUUCUUUAAGGCGAUCUGUAGAGUAUAACCAGUCGUCUUCUAGGAGCGGUCGUGAAAUGGAGUAUCUGGUGUCAUCCCAACAGAUCCAAUUGUACGCCACUGGUCCCGGAGUCGACAAUAGCUUACAGCAUACGGUGAACCUAUUAUUCACUCAUGUCAAGAACUAUAGCGCUGUUGCAUCAAAACUCGCCUGUGGUCUUCGCACUCCGUCUGACCCAAGAACUUGGAUCACUAAAGCUUGUGAAGUGAAAGUUCCUGAAGCAACCCACGUGGCCUGCAAAUGUCGAGGGCUUGGUACAUAUGCACUAUUCACGAUAGCCAGGUCUACGUUGACCGAGGCAGAAAAGGACCUACGCGGUAUUGUGAAGAUAACGGUCAGUCUGGGAGGAGCAAUGUGCUUAGCUGCAGCAGCUUUGCAACUGCUGGCACUAGUUGCUGGGACUAAGGCGAAGCUACCUGUACUACUGAAAGCUGCGACUGCGGGGACUCACUCAGCUGCGAUGCUGACCCUGCUAGAGUGUGACACAAGACAGGAUGAAGCGUGUCCGGGUACUCUGGGAUGGGUGUGCGCGGCGUGCUGGUGCGCGGGGUGCGCGGCGCUGUGUGCGCAGCCACUACUGCUGCAGGCAGAGCUCGCUGGUAGAGCUCAGAAGGCACCGUCUGUCGGACUACUUGCCGGUGUGUGCACAUUGUCGUGGCUGACGGCACGGAUAUGGGGCGGCGCGCCCCUGCAAGUGGGGGCGGGUGCGGCCGCAGUGUGCGCGGCAGGAUGCGCGCUACUCGCCUCUCUCUGCUUGGCGCUAGCACUGUGCGCCGCUGCGAGACUGCGAGCCAUCUCACACAAGGUCCCCGCUGACAGGAGAAGCUAUAUCAAUGACAGAGGGCGCGUCGUUCGGCACACAUUAAUACUGCUGGUGUCAACAUCGGCGGCUCAAGCAGCGGGUGUGGCGUACGCACAGCCCGGGGAACGUACCGUGGCGCACGUCGCCGCGCUAUCCAUCGCUGCCCUGGCCAACGGUAUAGCGAUGCUGGCUUGCUAUGUAAUAAGAGAUGAAGAGUGUCUGCGUUCAGUCCGAAAAGUCCUGACACUAACUCCGGCUCGAGACUGGAGAGAUGAACCCACCGGAGAUACCUCGCUGAGUUUAUACAUAAAACAAGGAGGUGAAGUUGAGAGUCGCGGCGGCGUUGGCAUAUUUGAAAGCACAUCGUCACCGGUUUCACCAAUUUCCUCGUACUGGCGAGCUCCUGGACUUGAAAGCCCUACUAGAUUACACAGGCGUCAAUCGACUCCAGACAGUCGUGCCGACAUUGUCCGUUGUGUAGAAUACAAGUGUCCAGUGAGAGGCCCGUCGGGCGGACAAGCUGUCUGCGACCUCAUCCCUCGCGGCGAGUACGACGCGCGUGUUUGUCUAGAGCUCGGCGUGAUGCGUCCCCCACCGCCCCCCACCCUCCUCACCUGCUCCCUGGACAUCGAACCCAACAAGCGAGUCGUCCACCCCACCGACACGUGCACCAUUUGCGUCCACUCCAAUCCGGACGUCUCUAAAAUUCCCUCGCCUCCAAUCAAAAGCUGCCUCAAAAAAAACAAGAAUCUAUCUUCGAGCUCCUCCCUGCCAUCCAUCGAGGCCAGCAAAUCCGAUAUCGACCAGAUCAACAGAGAAUGGAAGAAAGCCUACGAUUCCCCGGAAACUGAUAAAAUGCUCAACAAAAUCUCGAGCGAUCUGGAUUUUCUAUUGAAUAGGAAUCAAGAGAGCAAAGCCGCUCUCGACCAAAUAGAAGAGGCUCCGACUUAGUGUCCAUCUGAGGCUUAGUUUAGUCUAAGGAAACGAAUAAAAUGGAAACAGGGGUGCGUUACGCCAGAUAGUUAAUUGUAAAUAGUUAAACAUUGUAUCCAGAUAUAGGUAUAGACGUUUUAAUCUAUGUAUGAUUGUAACGUGUUUUAUGUGGGCAUUAAAUAAGAAUGAUUUUAUUUAUCCAAUUCUAAAAAAGACUAAUGGAACAGAGAUUCGAUAAGUUUAAAAGAUAUAUAUUUUUAAAGGUAUUUAAACAUUGACGGAUCUAAAGUGUUUCUAAAUGACCUAGAAAACUAAUGUCCCGCUAAUGUUCCGAUAUUAAAAAUGUUUCUAUUUUAGUUUGAUCAGAGCACAGACUUACAGACUUACAUACAAUUCUGUGUGUUUACAUGGAUGACAUAAUUCACAUCGUGAUGUGGUUUUUGGUAAUAAUUACAAGGAGGUAUACAGUGAGUUACUUCAGCCAUCUAGUGCACUAAAUACACUUUCAAUUUGUUGGCACAUAAAACUGUUCUUUGUACUAACUUGACCGGGACUCGAAAACGUCCACAUAAAAUGUAACGUAAGUAACUAUAAGAAAUCUUUACGUAUACUAGUCAAUGUACUUAUAAUGUACAAUACAUAAGUUAAGAUAGCAUUACGAUCAUUAUCGACGGUAUAUUCUGAUGGAAUUACACUUUAAUAGAAGGUAAAUUUCAUAAAGAAUUGUCAUAAUAUUUGUUUUAAUUAUUUUUCUCAACAUGCAAUUGAUAUCUAUGUAGUUUUAAGUUCUGCAACAAUCUGUGUGCUUAGUGCGAGUUUUGUAACGUUCUCGAUAGCGAGCCAGUUUGCUCAAAUUUGUAUGCAAUUGGAACAGCGCCCCUAGCGGCAAACGUACCCGGUGUUAUUUUGUGAGUGCGAGUUCAUUAUUAACGUUGUGAUCUCGUAACCGAGUAAUUUUACCGAAAUGAGUACCACGAAUGACAUUUGUGCGAGUGCGUGUUGCAAAUUAGUGGAUUUUAACGUUUCGAUCGAGUAUUUCUUUAGUAGUUCUAUUUUUCAAACUAGAGAGGCAAAAGUAUCAUGCCAUAGAGCCUAAUUUUUUUUUAAUAAAAAUGAUAAUAUGGAGUGAAAUGGAUUUGAUUAAUUUGAAACAUUAAUCAAUUGGCAUGGAAUGAAAUGAAAUGAGAUCAGAUAAUAUGGGAUAAAAUAUAAUCUCAGUAAAAUGCUGAUUAUUUACUGAGAUUCACCUCCACUAAUACAAACCUUUUUCAAAAUUAGUUUCUCUUUUCCGUUUGUGUUCACGAUUUUAACUGAUUCUAGAAUAAAAACUAUAAUCACAUACAAAUCUAAUUCAAUAAAGACUAAAUUUACUCCGGAUUCAGUGAGUCGUAAACAAACCCAGAUUGACUAUUAGAAGUAAAAUGAAGAAAGACUAAAACAAUAGGCCCAAUAGCAUUAGGCUGCUAUAUUCGAUAAACAAUUGAACAACGAAAUGUAUAGCGUUUUUAGUGUUUAAUUUUUAUUCGACUAAUUGUUAUGAAGACUAAAUUUAGCGCAAAAUUUAACAUUUAGGGUGCCUAUCCACUGGAGCGGAGCGAAGAAACUGGGAAAUAUUAACCAAUAAAAUUGCACAAAAUCAUUUUGCCAUCUUAUGAUUUUGAUUUAGUUGGUUAAUAUUUCUCCAUAUCUUCGCUCCGCUGUUUCGCUCCGCUCCAGUGGACAGGCACCCUUAAACUUGACUAAUUGUUAUUGGAGUAUUUGACAGCAGACAGCGCAAAUGCAGAGGCGGUUAAGGGUAUAUUUAGAUCAGAUUAAUAAUCGGCACAAUUAAAAUUUCAUUGAGUUGAAAAAACUAACAGAACGCGUUGUUACAAUAUUUCGUAUUUGGGACUAAAUAUCUAGCAGUUGAUGACAAUUAUACUCUAUUCCAAUUACGAAGUCCCAUGAGACAUAUGUUAUUAUUAUGUUAUUGUGUGUGUGUGAAUUAAUUGUAUAAUGAUGUAGAUUGAUCGUGUCUUUUUUAAAUGAUAUUUACGACCAUGACCAAAAAAAUAUUUUUAUUUAAAAUAUAUAGAAUAUGCGAAACGUAAAGAGUUAGGUUCUAAGAAGUGUCAAAAUAGAUGAGGGAUUUUAUGACCUGGUAACUGAGACCUUUAAGUCAUGUCUUAUUUUAAUUUAUAUUCAUAUUUUAUGAAAAA